ACUAAAUCUCACCAUCAUAUCAAGAUUUACGAGUUUAGCUAGCUAGCUAGGAAUCAUGAGGUCCGACAUUACUAAGACCUGCCUUGCUCUUGCGUUUGUGUUUCUAGUAGCUAUGCAGUUCUUCGUCGAGGAAGUUGGCGCAGCUGGAGAAUGUGGUAAGACUCCGAUCAGGGCUGCGGCGACUAGCCUGAGUCCAUGCCUGAGUGCAGCCGGAAAUGCGAGGGCUAAGGUUCCACCAGCCUGCUGCACCAAAGUUGGUGCGCUGAUAAAGACUGCACCGAAGUGCCUUUGUGCUGUUCUGUUGUCACCUCUGGCAAAGCAAGCUGGUAUUAAUCCCGCAAUUGCCAUCGCUAUUCCAAAGAGAUGCAACAUCAGGAACCGACCUGCUGGAAAGAAGUGUGGAAGGUACGUUGUCCCAUAAGCCAACAUCACAGAGAAAAGGAGCAAGCAACCAAUCCAAUAAUGCGAAUCGUGAUUAGCGAAACUUGUUAAGUUCGAAUAAAUGUAAUGAAGGGUCACGUUAAUUGUUAUAGUGAGCUAUUUGGUGACCUUUUCAAGCACACUCAUUGAGUUCAGUUUUAUACAUGUACAACUUAAUAAAUUUAUCCUACUUAUAAUUG